CACACCUCGCAGCUUACACAAAGCGCACAAUGUCUUCGCCUGACGAGGACGGACCCUCCGACGCACGCGCAGGUGCCUCCAAGCGGCGCAAAGUCCUGCAGCGCGCGUGCGACUAUUGCCGCCGCAAAAAGAUCAAAUGCGAUGGACCGCGGAUGCCCAACAAACGGUGUUCGAAGUGCAUAUCACGUCGCACAGAAUGCACCUACGUUGAACCGUUCAAUAAACCCCGCUAUCCUGAUAGCUAUGUAGAGAACUUGGAAAGCCGUCUACAACGGAUGGAAGAGCUCCUAAAUAGGCUCAACCCCGACGGUGAUGUGCUGAAGACGCUCGACCACGGAUCUGAAAAUGCGCCGUCUCCGUCCGCAGCAUCGACCUCGUCCCUCAGGGUACCCCAUCUGGCCCUUACACCGUCUAGCCCCGAAGCAGGGGGUGACGAAGACGACUUCAGCGAUCAUGACGAAAUCAUGCGGAAGGAACUGAUCAACGGCAUGUCCAGGCUUUCUAUGCAGCCGACCAGUCUUCGUUAUCACGGCAAGUCGAGUGGAUGGGUUUUCAUACAGGCGACCGAGGGCUUCCGACAAGAGUACCUGCGCGACGCGGUGCCAACAUCUACUGAGGCGGAAACCAGCUUCCUCCGAAAUUCCGGGAAGAAAUAUGACCGACAACCAUGGCUCGAACGCCCCCUCCAGCAGCGGCUCCUGGAGCCAGAAUGUUUUCCACCUACGGAUCUCAUGAACACGCUGGUGGAGAAUUACUUCCGACUCUGGAACGACUACACUCCUCUACUACACGAGCCCACGUUCCUGCGGAACAUAAAGGACAAGUUGCACCUGCGCGUCCCGGGCUUCGGCGCCACCGUUCUCCUAGCAUGCGCACUCGGCGCGCGUCACAGCGACGACCGGCGCGUCCUGCUCGAGCUCGAUAACACGGAUUCGUGGCAGUCCGCGGGAUGGAAGUAUUUCCAGAGGGUCGACGACAUGCACAAGUCGCAUCUGGCCCCUAUACAUGUCUACGACAUCCAGAUAUGCGCUAUGUCGGUUAUCUAUAUGCAGACCACGACCCUGCCUCACUGUAGUUGGAUCAUCAUCGGCCUUGGGCUCCGGCAAUCCAUGGACGUUGGCGCACAUCGCAAAAGCAUGUACAAGCCCAAGCCGACGGUAGAAGACGAACUAUGGCGACGCGCGUUCUGGCUGCUCCUUGUGUACGAGUGGGGCGGCAGCUACGGCCUUGGACGUCCACCAUGCAUCCACGAAGAAGAAUACGACGUCGCCUUCCCCACAGAAUGCGACGACGAGUUUUGGGAGAACGACGACCCCGAGAAGGCGUUCGUACAACCGGCAGACAUGCCAUCGAAGACGGCUUUCUGGAAUUGCUACAUACGGCUAUUCAAGGUGAUCGCUUACGCAACUAGAACCAUCUUCUCCAUCCGGAAAUCUAGAGCACAGAUGGUGAAUGGAGAUCAGCAGUGGGAGGAUCGCAUCGUUGCAGAGCUUGACUCGGAGCUCAACAGGUGGGCGGAUACAGUGCCAGAACACUUGAAGUGGGAUCCGAACUGCAAGAACGAGCUAUGGCUAGGGCAGUCCGCAACGUUGUUCGGGCUUUACUACCAAGUCCAGGUCACCGUCCACCGCUCCUUCAUCACAUCGCGGCGCGGCUCGCCUCAUUCGCUGGCGUCACUCAUCAUCUGCACGAACGCCGCGCGGUCGUGCGUACAGGUGCUGUACGAGCUGUACUUGCGCAUCGGAACGCCGCUUCCUCGGAAUUCGGGGCCGGUCUUCAACGCAGGCCUCGUGCUGCUCAUCAGCAUGUGGGGGCAGAGGCGGUCGGGUCGACAUGCUGGCGCAGAUCGGGACGAGGAGUACAUUCGGAAGUGCCUCCAGAUGUUGGAGUCCAUCGAAAAACACAAUAACGUCGCGGAGCGCCUCAAGGAUAUGCUGCUCAACUUCAUGAGUGUCGAGGUGCCCAAGAAACAGCCGUCAGAAUCCCGCCCAGGGGAAGAAGCGAACAAGGCCGACCGGAGGGCGGAUCCUGCUGCAUCGCCGUCCAGCACCCAGGGAGAUGACGGGGGCGACCGUAUGUCCCGCCCAGAAGAGUCCGGUGCAGGCCUGUACGCGACCCCGGAAUCCCUCUCCUCUCCAUCCACAGGGCUGUCGUCACAACCCACAUCUCCGGACGCGGCAUCUCCCGGCCUGACCAACUCCUUCCUCAAUGCCCCCAUGUUCGGCUUCUCGCCACCACAAAGCCAGGGCUUCCCCCGCCUGCCCCAAGAUCCCCUAGGCGGCUCGUUCCUUUCAGAUUGGCAGCAACAAACACGACCACAGCAACCCUCUCCAUCCGCCCAAAGCAUGCCGGGUUUCAACUUCGCGCCAUUGGAUCCUUCGGCGCCCGCGUGGGGCAGCAGCGCCCGCAGCGGCCAGGGACAGAGCUUCGGCGCCGCAGGCCAGACUAUGGCUUCGGGCUCUCAGCAGAACAAUGCGGCGCCAUAUCCAUCGUACGGCACGUUCGGCCUCGUGGACAGCGGCGGGGCGUACCCGAUGGAUAUGUCGGACUUCCAGGGUGCGCAGGGCGCGGAGACGGGGAGCACCGACUUUGGGUUUCCUGACUGUGCGUUCGUGGACGACACCAUGACGAUGUGGGCGACUGCCCCGGCGUCCUUCGGGUGGCAAGAUUGGGAAUCAUACUUUAAUACGGUCAACACCCAGCAGUCUCCGCCAGCCAACUAGCCCCGUUUCUGGCGCGAAAUACAUAUUCAAGCUCGUGUGAUAAACCGGACAGUACUGGUAACAUCGUUAACUCUAGAGACGUCGUCGAUCCCCAGCUAUCGUGUUUCUAUUGUGUAUGUAUAUGUAGUCUAUGGCUCUGUCUAGUCUCACUUCUAUCGAAUUGCUGUUCC